AUGACACGACACAAGGUCCUACCCACGCGGUCGUCCAGACCAUCGACAUCUGAGACCAUCGAAUCUGGCUCAGAACCCGAGCACGUCUCCUUCAAUAGUAAUCAGCGACCUCAGCAAGACGAGUCCCGCAGUCAUCAGCCGUUUGGCGCGUCCUCAAGACCGCGAGAACAACUCCCUCCUCAGCAUGCUUCCAGCCAAUCCUCAAUUCCAGCAUCUCUAGUAGACCACCGACCCAAGAAGACACACCUCAUCAAUGCUACGCUUUUCAUCCCUGGCCGCGGCAAACCCCUCCACAAUCACUCAGUAAUUUUUCAAGACGGAAUCAUAACGGCCGUCCAGCCGACCUCCGCGCUGCCUCCCCCUUUCAAGAAUAUUCCAUCAACAGACGUCCCUGUGUUAAUGCCUGGCCUCUGGGACUGUCACGUCCACUUUCUCGGGUCCAAGACAUUUAAUUUUGCCGAGAUAGCAACCCAACACCCCGCCCUCGCUGGGGCGAGGAUUGCGAAGAACCUGCACGACGUGCUGAUGAGCGGGUUCACCUCCGUGCGCGAACUGGCUGGCUACGGUCUGGAUGUGUCUAAGGCUAUUAAAGAAGGCUCACUCGUCGGACCCAACAUCUACUCCUCCGGGGCUGCUAUCUCCCAGACAGCAGGUCACGGCGACGUCUUCGACCUGCCCUCGGGGUUCGUAGACUCAGUGUUCGGGGUGCGGGAUACGCAGGCCAAUGCCCUCGCGCCGGGUACCGGGCCGAUGAUCAUCGCCGAUGGAGUCGACGAGUGUCGCCGCGCGGUUCGCCUCCUCAUCCGCCGUGGUGCCACGUGCAUCAAAGUCUUUGCCAGUGGGGGCGUGCUUAGCAUCGCGGACGAUCCGCUGAGGCAGCAGUUCUCCUUGGCCGAACUGCAGACCAUUGUUGCGGAGGCGGAGCGCAACGGGCGCGUCGUGGCCGCGCAUGUCCAUGGGAAAGCGGGCAUCAUGGCGGCGAUCAUGGCCGGCGUGCAUACGAUCGAACACGGCACAUACAUGGACGAGGAGUGCAUCGAAGAUAUGAAGAAGCGUGGCAUCGUGUACGUUCCUACCCGCACCAUCGUCAAGGUUGGCGUCGACCACCCGGAGUUGAUGUCUCCAGAGUCGUAUCGCAAAAUGCUCAUCACGGCACGCCAUCAUAAAGAGGCGUACCGGCUGGCUGUGCGUUCGGGGGUCAAGAUCGCGCUAGGCACGGAUCUGGGUAUCAGCGCUCCGACGGAUCAUCCGCUGGCGCAUGGGCGGAGUGGGGGAGAACUGUCCUAUGCGGUAAGUGAUGGAGGAAUGACGCCUCUGCAGGCCGUUGAGGCCGCGACGGCCAUGGGGCCCGAAACACUGGGAGAUCUAGGCAUGAAGCCGGAGAGUGGCGUUAUCAAGAUGGGAUAUGAUGCCGACAUGAUUGCGCUCAAGGAGGAUCCGUUGCAGAACAUGGACCUCUUCGAGAAGCCGGAGAACAUCACGCACGUAUGGAAAGGAGGGCGGCUAUUCAAGAGUCCCAGAAUGAAGAGCGAAAGCCCGUUCUGA